GAUGUAGCAGCAGUCCCCAGACCACUGGCAACCAUGUAGCGCUGAGCGCAAACUAAAUAUGUGCUCCAAAUUUGCAGAAAAAUAAUGCUUUCAUUUUCACUCUGGUCCAUGUUAACGUAUCAGAGUCUGAAAAUGUGUUUGUGAAUAUAACCGGACCUUUGGUGACCAGUCCAAGGCGAGGGCAGCAGUGCAGGGCUGUAUCUAAUGGGUCUGCAGGGACGUCGACAACUCUUCUCCUCUCAGUCUCUGGGCGUUUUUACCACUUUUAAUGGCCCCUUUCUCCCCGUUAAAGGCGUUUAAAGCGCUGAAGUAGGGCGUGCAACCGGGUCCUAGUUUGCAUUAGGUCCGCAUCCGCGUCCCCGCCCCGGUUUUUUCUUCUCCUUUUCUCUGCUUUGCUCCAGCAACAUUAACACCCCGCAGAGCCAGGGGGGUCUCCCGGCAGGACCACCGCCCUAACCCCGAGGAACCAGGGUGGUCUCCCGGCAGGACCACCGCCCUAACCCCGAGGACAGCAUGGGGAACAGCACGUCGUGCUGCGUGUCGUCCAGCCCCAAGCACCGGCGGAGCAACCACUCCCGGCUGGAGCCCUACCGGCCCGAGCCGGAGCUCAGCCGCGACGACACGGGCUGCAACCUGCAGCACAUCAGCGACCGGGAGAACAUCGACGACCUGCCGAUGGAGUACAACCCCUCAGACCACCCCCGGGCCAGCACCAUCUUCCUCAGCAAGUCCCAGACUGACGUUCGGGAAAAACGGAAGAGCCUUUACAUCAACCAUUUUACUCACAUUUCGGAGGACAAGCAUCACCCAGGCCCAGUGAGACGGAAGUACAGCUCCUGUUCCACCAUAUUCCUGGACGACAGCACCGUCAGUCAGCCCAACCUCAAAUACACCAUCAAAUGUGUAGCCCUUGCAAUAUACUACCACAUAAAGAACAGAGACAUAGACGGACGAAUGUUGCUGGACAUCUUUGAUGAAAAGCUGCAUCCUCUCUCGAAAUCCGAGAUCCCUGCUGACUAUGACAAGCACGAUCCUGAGCAGAAGCAGAUCUACCGCUUCGUCAGGACGCUGUUCAGCGCCGCGCAGCUCACUGCCGAGUGUGCCAUCGUCACUUUGGUUUACUUGGAGCGGCUCCUGACGUACGCGGAGAUCGAUAUUUCCCCUGCCAAUUGGAAGCGCAUCGUGCUGGGGGCCAUCCUCCUGGCCUCCAAGGUCUGGGACGACCAGGCGGUCUGGAACGUCGACUACUGCCAAAUCCUCAAAGACAUCACUGUGGAGGACAUGAACGAGCUGGAGCGUCAGUUCCUGGAGCUGCUGCAGUUCAACAUCAACGUGCCAUCCAGCGUGUACGCCAAGUAUUACUUCGACCUGCGCUCCCUGGCCGAGGCCAACAACCUGAGCUUCCCCCUGGAGCCGCUGAGCCGGGAGAAGGCCCAGAAGCUGGAGGCCAUCUCCCGUUUAUGUGACGACAAGUACAAGGACUUGAAGAAACUAGCCAAGAAGCGAUCUGUGAGCGCCGACAACCUGGCGGUGGUGCGGUGGUGUCCGGCCAUCAUUUCCUAACACCGGCCACCUGCGGGGGUACAUGGACCUGAACCCUGUUUGUUUUGUUGUCGUUUUUGGCCUGGUGAGCAGGCAGCAGGUGGACAGCUGCUCUGCUGAUCAGCGGCUCUGCCUGGAACACACACACACACACACACACACACACACACACACACACACACACACACACACACACACACACACACACACACACACACACACCUGCUCUUUCUCACACAGUCUGGCACUUUUACGAGCGAGCUCGCGCUCUCUCUGCUUGUUGUACAUAAGAGAAGUCCCAUAUGCUGCCUCCACUGAUCCAGACGGGGCUGAGCCGAGCAGAACUGAUGUCCACGAGUCAAAGCCCUCGAGAUGAAGACCUGGACUGCAGGAGGAGAAGCAGCCAGAGAUGGAGCUGUUGAAAAACUGCGUGAAGUUGGGAAAACCGAGACAUAAGAGUGGCAAUAUCUUCCCACAGCCCCCUCUGACGUGCAGUGGAACGACGGAGACUGUGACCUGUACAUUCCUUUGAUUCCCAUCCUCUGGU